AUGUCAUCUAACCAGCCUACUUGCAAUUGCGCUCCCACAAUCAACUGCGGUUCGUCCGCCACUUCCAAAUCAGAUCUAACAUGCGAGCAAACGAUGGAAGAAGAAGUGAGAAUCAAACUUGAGAGAGGACAAAUGUUCUUCACACUCUCCAUGGUUCUCACUGCAUUUCUCGGACUUUUGCUAAUUCUAGCAAUCUUCAAAAUCGGCAUUCCUUUUUUCAAGAAAUGCUUCUCGUCUCCUUCAAACUCACGAAAAAAGAAGUUUAUUGAUGAAAGAAAGCUGUCUACUGGAAGUUACGUUUAA